AAACCGCCUCGCGCAGGUCACAGUGGAUAUAAGUACUUCCGCCGGAAACGGCAGCCCUUUCCUCUCUCAGGCACGAAGAUGGCGGUGCAGAUCUCGAAGAAGAGAAAGUUCGUGUCCGACGGCAUCUUUAAAGCCGAGCUGAACGAGUUCCUGACGCGGGAGCUGGCCGAGGACGGCUACUCCGGCGUGGAAGUGCGAGUUACCCCCACCAGGACAGAGAUCAUCAUCCUAGCCACAAGGACCCAGAAUGUCCUAGGUGAAAAGGGGCGUCGCAUCCGUGAGCUGACCGCUGUUGUCCAGAAGAGAUUUGGCUUCCCUGAGAACAGUGUUGAGCUCUAUGCUGAGAAGGUGGCCACCAGGGGACUGUGUGCCAUCGCCCAGGCCGAGUCUCUGCGCUACAAGCUGUUGGGGGGGCUGGCUGUGCGCCGGGCCUGCUACGGCGUCCUCCGCUUCAUCAUGGAGAGUGGAGCCAAGGGCUGUGAGGUGGUCGUGUCUGGCAAGCUCAGGGGUCAGAGGGCCAAGUCCAUGAAGUUUGUCGACGGGCUGAUGAUCCACAGUGGAGACCCCGUGAACUAUUACGUGGACACAGCUGUCCGCCACGUCCUGCUCAGGCAGGGUGUGCUGGGCAUCAAGGUGAAGAUCAUGCUGCCUUGGGACCCCAGCGGCAAGAUCGGCCCCAAGAAGCCCCUCCCCGACCAUGUGAGCAUCGUGGAGCCCAAGGAUGAGGUUCUCCCCACCACUCCCAUGUCAGAGCAGAAGGGGGCCAAGCCGGAGGUCCCAGUCAUGCCCCAAGGAGGCCCAGUACCAACCGCGUAAGGGUGUUUGCUGUUUCUCGAAGAUGGAAACACUUGGAUUUUCUGUACAAUAAAACUUCUACAAACCAUGA